GCACAGCUCCUGCCAGGAGGGCACAGCCGGCUCCAGGGAACGGGGACAGGAGCACAGGGAACGGCCUCAGGGAAGCCCAGGGUAGAUAUUUGGGAGAAUUCCCCCAUGGAAAGGGUGCUCAGGGAUUGGAACCGCCCAGGGAGGGUUGGAGUCGCCGUCCCUGGAAGUGUCCCAGGAACUCCUGGAGGUGGCACUCAGAGCUCUGUGCUGGGGACAAGGGCUCGGGAUGGAUUUCCUGACGCUGUUCCUGCUGUACCUGUGCUCCGUGCUGGCCGUCGCUGCCCUGCUGUGCCUCUGCUCGGGAAGGCAGGAGAGCUUCCUCGCCAGGAGUGUCGCCAGGGCCAGCCAGGUGCUGUCACUGGUGAUCCCCAGCCAGCUGCAGAGGGUGGCACAGCGGGCACUGCACAGGCUCUUCCACACAAGGAGCUGUUUGUUUGUGGUCCUGCACGUAGCCCUGCAGGCUGCAGUGUUUGGGGAGUACACCUGGGAGGUGUUUGUGUACUGCUGGGAGCUGCAGUUCCCCCUGCUCCUGCUGCUGCUGCCCUACCUGCUGCUGGCUGCCAACCUGGGCUGCUUCCUGCUCUGCUCCCGGGCCGACCCUGGUACAGUGACGAAAUCCAACGCUGCAUCCCUGGCUAAGGUUUAUGCCUAUGAUGGGGUGUUGUUCCAGAGAGGCCUUGUGUGUCCCACGUGCACCCUGGAGAAACCAGCCAGGUCCAAGCACUGCAGCGUGUGCAGGACGUGUGUGCAUCGCUUCGACCACCACUGCGUGUGGGUGAACAACUGCAUCGGGGCGGGCAACGCGGGCGCGUUCCUGCUCUACCUGCUGUCCCUGACGGCCACCGCCGGCGCCGUGGCUGCUGUCACUGCUGCCCUCCUCAUCCACGUGCUGCUGCUCUCCAACGCCGUGCACGGCACCUACCUGGAUGCCCAGGGCCAGGAGCAGCCCGUGGGGAUCCCCCUGCUCGUCCAGCACCUUUUCUUGACUUUCCCCAGGAUUGUCUUCAUGCUGGGCUUUGUCAUCCUGCUCACCCUGAUCCUGGGGGGAUAUUGCUCCUUCAGUCUGUAUUUGGCCCUCACCAACCAGACCACCAACGAAUGGUGCAAAUCCCGAAGAUUUGGGAGCUCCCCCCAUCUCCCCUCGCAGCCUCAUGACAGACCCCUCGUCUACAAAAACAUCUAUUCCAAAGGGAUCUGGAGGAAUUUAAAGGAAAUCUUUAACCCUCCUACCGUGCUGGAAAGGAAGAAGAAAACAUGAAGAUAUUCUUGUUUCUCUGGGCGUUUUUAAAUGUUUUCUAAGACUUCAGUUCAGCAGUGGGCUUGGCUGCCCCAGGCAGAUUGUGGAACAAGAUUACUGCAGAAUUCACAUCUUGGUGCCCCAGCAGAGCAUCACUGGAGCUCCCUCCCUCAGUGAGACUCAGGGCCAGCUCAGGCCUGGCCCCUGAGCGCAGGGAUUUGGUCCAUCUUCCCAAAGUGAACCUUUCUCUCUGGGAAGGGCUAACACAGAGCUCCUGUGAGUUUUGAGGAAGCAGCACCUUUUUGUCUCUUUCUUUGGGAAACAAUUAACCCAUGACUAUUAACAAUGACCACAACAGGUUGUGUGUAUUUAGCUGAAAGAAUGAUUUCUGGCAGGAUCUUACCUGCAGAAACCAUAUCCUACUGCAGCUUUGGAGCACUAACUUCAGGAAGGAAAUUAAAGUGUCCCUGUUUACCUCUCAGAAGUUCUUCUGUUUGAGUACAAUAGAAGAGAAAUUGGAAAAAAAAUGUAGUAAGAACUUUAAAUAAUUUUAUUUUUAAAAAUGUAUUUAUUUACAUGCCAAAACUGUACAAUAUGCAAUCAAAAAUCAACAUAUGGUUUAAAAAAAA